CCGUCCCGGAUCUGCCGUUGGGAAUUGCCGGCCUCCGCGCGUCCUCCCGGCGCUUCCCUUCGCGGUGCCCCCAGCCCCGCGUGUCGGCUCCGUGCGCCAGACCUCGAGGGCGCCGCGGCCGCGGGGAGGAUGAGCCGCAUCUACCACGACAGCGCCCUCCGGAACAAGGCUGUGCAGAGCGCGCGGCUGCCCGGGGCCUGGAAUCCCACCGCCCACCAGGGGGGGAAUGGCGUCCUGCUGGAGGGAGAACUGGUGGAUGUAUCUCGGCACAGCAUCUUGGAUGCCCAUGGCAGGAAGGAGCGGUACUACGUGCUGUAUAUCCGGCCUAGUCGCAUCCAUCGCCGUAAGUUUGACCCCAAGGGAAAUGAAAUCGAACCCAACUUCAGCGCCACCAGGAAGGUGAACACAGGCUUCCUCAUGUCAUCCUACAAGGUGGAAGCCAAGGGGGACACCGACAGACUCACGCCCGAGGCGCUGAAGGGGCUGGUGAAUAAGCCAGAGCUGCUCGCGCUGACGGAGAGCCUCACCCCCGACCAGACAGUGGCAUUCUGGAUGCCUGAGUCAGAGAUGGAAGCCAUGGAGCUCGAGCUGGGGGCUGGGGUACGGCUGAAAACGCGAGGCGACGGGCCCUUCCUGGAUUCAUUAGCCAAACUUGAGGCUGGAACAGUGACCAAGUGUAACUUCGCUGGUGAUGGGAAGACGGGGGCAUCCUGGACAGACAAUAUCAUGGCCCAGAAGUCUUCAGAGGGGCCUGCAGCGGAGACCCGAGAGCAGGGGGACGGCGCAGAGGACGGGGAGUGGGACGACUGAGGUCAGUGAGAGAUGGGGUGCCUCCGGGGCCCGCCAGCACUGUUGAGCAUUUCACCCAUCAACGUUCACUCUGGAGCCCCAGGGAGCAGGUCCGCCAAGCCUCACCUGGUUCUUCCCUGCAGCCGCCGUGAAUACCCUUUGAACAAGCUCUGCUAAAAUCAAAUCCAAGACCCCAAUGUGAGCGGUGGCGCCCCAGGCUGUGGCUCAUGGAGGGCCCCUCCUUAGAUGUGAGUCUAGCCUUCCUAGACAUUUCCAUGGUGGCCCUCACCCUGAAUGGCAGCCUUCUUUCUGGAGGCAGGCAGGGGGUGAGUCCCCCAGGGCAGUCAGAGGAACUGGACUUGGUCUUGGUGCGGAAUUGGGCGGGGGUUGUCUCCAUCAUCUGCAUGCAGAGUGGCUCAGAGGAGGAGUUAGCAGGGCCUCCUUCUUCUGCCCUUGUUGUAUUUCUGGCUUUCCUUCUGCGGCUGCCCUCCUCCCCAGUGCUCUGUGUUGUAGCCUCUGCUCUCCUGUUCAAGCCUUCUUGUCCCCUGUGCUCUUUGCAGCCCCUAGAGCUGCCAGUUCUUUAUUUAUUCUUCAGCCUCUGGUCCUCUGCCACCUGGGGGUUCCUGUCUCCUGAUCUCCCUUGGCUGCUCUCCCCCGGAUGCUCUUCUCAGGGAGGUUGAGAGCGUUCACAGGUGUGCCGGCUGGUCUCCAUCUCUGAUUCACUCUGCCAGGCCACAGUUUGGAUUGCACCUUUUUUCUUGUUGUUUUUUACCUUGAGAACUUUUUAUGAAUGAGUAAAUCUUCAGGAAAGGA